AUGGCCCUUCCUGCUCCGUGGCUAUCAUACAAGACACAGGAUGGCAAGGAAUAUUACUAUAACCCACAGACAAAAGUAACAACAUGGACACGACCAUCAGGAGGUUUAUUGUCUACUACUCAGACACAAUCUAAGCAGGAGCAGUCAAAAAGUAGCAGUACUUCAGCUUUAGGAGCAGGACGAGGUGGUUUAUUGGCGCAGAUUCAGCAGGGAACGAAUCUUAAAAAGGUCAAGACGGUGGAAAAGACGCUGUUUGCUCCUAUUUCGAGUGCUCAAGGAGGAGCUGGAGCUGGAGAGAAAGCUAUUGCACCAGCUGUUGGUGGAGCUGGAGGUGGCAUGGGUUCUAUGAUGGCGGCUAUCAAGUCUGGAGGAAAUUUGAGAAAAACACCAAGCUCAAGUAUUCAGAAGGAAAAUAGCAGCACUGGUGGUAAUAUUGCUUCGAGCAGUGUGGGAGGUUUUGCAGAGAUUAUGCGGAAGAACCGUGAGGCUGCUGCACGGAGGUCCGGGGGUAGCUUGGCCCCAAUGACGCACAAUAGCAGCUCGGCACCUUCGACACCGCGGCAAAUGCCUCUGGCUUCAAGUUUGGGGGGCUGCGAAAAGAGCAACAACUCGGUAGAGAUACGACUAGCAGCCAUUGAGAAAGGCAAGCGUUAA